AUGGCGACAUCAGUACUCCAGCGCGAAGAAUGCCGACGGGAUCACGCGCCAAAACCGGACAUCGAUCCCAGAAUAACUGAAGACGAAAGGCUGGCGAUACUCGAAGCCAAGGAGCGUAGCACAGGAGAACUUCCGCCCGAGCUUAGAGAAGCUGCCAGAAUCGAUAUACGAGAGGAAACAGCUCUAAAAGAACACGCACUCACACAAAUGAGACACUUCAUUGAGAAACAUCCCGCUAUUAAGAAAUGCAGAACCGACGCGCCAUUUCUACUACGUUUCCUGCGCACCAAGAAGUAUUCUAUACCACAAGCCUGCUCAAUGCUGGAACGAUAUCUCACUAUAAGACAGAUGUACCCGCAGUGGUUUCAAAAAUUGGAUCCUUUAGACCCAAAAAUAAACGCGGUCAUAGAAGCCGGGUACCUGCUACCAUUACCCAAAAGAGAUGCCGAAGGACGUAGAGUUGUAUUGUCUUGCAUGGGUCGUUUCGAUCCCUACAAGUUUGACAACUGCGUAAUGGCGCGCGUACACUCUAUGAUCGUAGAGUUGUUAUUGGACGAGCCGCGGUCACAGCUACUGGGUUACACACACGUCAACGACGAAGCCGGCAUGCAGAUGCCGCACGUUAGUCUAUGGUCCUUGAACGAUGUCCGGAUCAUGCUUAACUGUAUACAGAACUCAACCCCAAUGCGACACAAACGCACUCAUUUCGUAAACAUUCCACAUUACGGUGUUAAAAUCUUUGAAUUCGCCGUCUCAUUGCUCAGCGAUAAACUCAAAGAUCGUGUUAUGUUCCAUCGCUCAGCUGAAGAAUUGUCCAAAUUCGUUGACCCCUCUAUACUACCGAAAGAGUAUGGGGGAACAGUUCCAUUAAAAGACAUGAUAGAUGAAUUGAAACGAAAACUUUUGAAACACAGAGAAGAGUUACUAGCCUUGGACGAUAUGUGCAUUGAUCUGUAUGCGCUCGAGAAAAAUGAUUUAACUCAAGACUUACACUCAACUGCUGGUUCAUUUAGGAAGCUAGAGCUAGAUUAA